AUGAAUAACCAACAGGAAAUUGGAGGUGCUCAAGCAUUACUACAGCUCGGGUCUAAGGCCAAAGGGGCUUCCAAGAGAAGACCCAGCACCAAUCCGAAUAAAACUGACCCUGAAUCCAAACAUCAACAUGAAGAACCUCUGUCGGAAGGGCAUUUCGACCACUCCCAAACGUCCGAAUUGGAGCCUUCUGGGCCCCAAGACGACGAUAUUGACUCGAAGGCUACCAAUCAGCAGAUCAACGACGCCGUUGAAGCUGCCGUCAUGAGAUACGUUGGAGGUAAUUUGGAUGAUGAUAAAAAGUCUAAAAAGAGACUCAACCCCGAUGAGAUUAUCUCCAGUAUCGGAGACUUCCAGACGUGGUCCGGGUUCUUGGAAGAAGGUAUGAACGAUAACCCUGACUUUUAUGAUAACCACAACAAUCAUAACCAACCUACCAAGAGUCCCAAAAAGAAGAAGCGCAGAACCCUAUCUCACCCCAGUAACGAAAUUGAUCCCGAGUUAAGCGGGCUUGACUCGAACUCGGAGCACGAUCAGUUGGUUCGGGCUGCUAUCUUGGAGACUCGGGAAUUGGCCAAGCAGUUGGGCUCCACCUACAAUACGCUAACCAACCUUCCUGCUCAUCAGGCGCACCAAGUGAUUGCAGCUCUACAGAAUAAUCACAACGGUGGAGAUUCCAUCUCCAAUAUUAACCAUUUGGUACAGCUUGCCAAGGACCAGAAUGCCGAGGUUCCCAACAGCACCAUCAGGCAGUUUCGCAACUUUGACUUCAAGAACCUUGAAUCCCAUCAGAAUUAUGCCACCACAGGAAGUUACACUCACAUCCAGUCAGUAGAGAACUUGUCGGACGAGUCACAGAAAAUCGCCAUGAACUGGUUCAAGGAUCAGCCCCAGACAAAGGGCCCUCGGCCGUUUGCACCGGAAGAACAGAAAGCUGUGGAACAUUUCAUCGAAGGAUAUGGCUAUUUGUUCAAGAUGGACAGAAAGGAUAUUUGCAACCGGAUUUGGACAACGGCUCGGAAAAAGGACAACUUCUGGGAAUGUCUCACACGGGUGCUUCCGUACAGAUCGAGGGCUUCGGUGUACAAGCAUGUCAGACGGCAGUACCAUAUUUUCGAUGUUAGAGGGAAAUGGACUUCUCAAGACGACGAGCAGUUAAGUAAAUUGGCUGCAGUAAAGCAGGGAAAUUGGAAGGAGAUCGGGGCGGCGAUGGGGAGAAUGCCUGAGGAUUGCAGAGACAGGUGGAGAAACUAUAUCAAGUGUGGGGAAAACCGAGUUCUGAGCAAAUGGUCCUCUGAGGAGGAAGCCAAGUUGAAACAGGUGGUUACGGAGAUGUUGACGAAACUGAAAAUCAACGCCAUCAACUGGACCUUGGUAUCGGAAGCCAUGGAAGGUACGCGGUCACGGAUCCAGUGUCGUUACAAAUGGAACAAACUUGUCAAGAAAGACUCUAUGUCCCGUAUAGGUGAAAUGGACGUCGAUACCAAAUUAUGGUUGUUUCAAAAAAUCAAAAUGUUGAACUUUUCCACCUUCAAGGAAGUGGAUUGGAGCUUAUUAGCUCGUAUGUGUAACGAGGAGCUCAAGCAGCCAAACAAAUGGCUUCCCAGUGACUUUGAAUACGGAUUUGAGAAGUUGAAGUCGGUAGUCAAAGACCACAAAUCUCUAACCUUCCCUGAAUUGUUAACCCAGCUUAUCCAAGGGUGCCAUUGUAUAAGAGAGAGACCUGGUGUCAAUAAACAGGGGUCCAAUACAGACACCAUAGACCAGGUUCAUGAACAGACCUCGGAACCAGAUAAUGAUAAAGAGUAUUUGUGGAGAUAGUUAGUUUACAGUAUGCGCGGUCCAACAGUUGGAUCCAAAAAAAAUAAUAAACUUACUCAAACU